AUAAAAAAACCGGAAGUACGUUAAUUGUCAACUAAUCGUUACAAAGAUGGCGCUUUCAAGUGUUUUACGCGGUGAGUGUGCAGAUUUCUCCGGUCGCUCUGACCGGCCCUUUGCGUUCGGAUGCGGCUUGGAUCGGACCGAGCUGGGAUUUGCGUCAGAACCGGGAGACGGGCCCAGCUUCGCUGUUAAAUCUGCCCUUUACCCUGAUACCGAGGAGGGCCCCGAGAGGAAGAUUGAGUUUCUCCAUGGAACCACUACGUUGGCUUUCAAAUUCCAGCACGGCGUCAUCGUGGCAGUGGACUCGCGGGCCACGGCCGGCUCCUACAUCGCUUCACAAACGGUGAAGAAGGUGAUCGAGAUCAACCCGUACCUGCUGGGCACCAUGGCGGGCGGCGCGGCGGACUGCAGCUUCUGGGAGCGGCUGCUGGCGCGGCAGUGCCGCGUGUAUGAGCUGCGCAACAAGGAGCGCAUCUCGGUGGCGGCCGCGUCCAAGCUGCUGGCCAACAUGGUGUACCAGUACAAGGGCAUGGGGCUCAGCAUGGGCACCAUGGUGUGCGGCUGGGACAAGAGGGGCCCAGGACUGUACUAUGUGGAUUCGGAGGGGAACCGCGUGUGCGGGGAUCUGUUCGCCGUGGGAUCUGGUUCUAUGUACGCCUACGGUGUGGUGGACAGCGGCCUGCGGCACGACCUGAGCGUGGAGGAGGCCUGCGAUCUGGGCCGACGUGCCAUCUACCAGGCCACCUACCGAGACGCCUACAGCGGUGGCGUGGUCAACUUGUACCGUGUGCACAGUCAGGGCUGGGAGCGUGUGUCCCAGGACGAUGUGCUGAAGCUCCACCUGCAGUACCGGGAAGAUCGGGCCUAGGAGAGGGUGUGGUUUGGUGAGGGGGAGGGGCCUUUGAUGGGGGAGUGGUCUUGAUUAAGACGGACUGUGUCCUGCAGAGUCUGAAACAGCAUUUUCUGUGAAGGCACUGUUCUGCAUCAUGGGGCAUCUGUAUUAGAAUGGCACAAAUCACAGCGUUAAGGUAGAUGCCUGAAGUUGUAAGAAUAGAUAGGAGGUAGUUUACUGGGUGGAAGGGAGUGAGUUUUACUUGUCAUGCAGGUUGUAUGAGCGCACAUUAAAGUUAAAGGUUUUCUUUAAUAUUUCCGUUAUAUUCAUCUGUUUGUUUUCCUGUUACCUGUUUGUCAUUAUCCCAUGCAGUACCCCAGCAGACCUGUCGAGGCUGGGGCCGCUGUCUCCUCUGUGAACGUGUCACCUCGAAGAACCUUUUGGCAGCCUCUCUUCCAGAGAGUUCACAUUUUACUGGGAAAGACUUCUUCUCAAUAAAGCUGGAAAAUCUCUCCUUUGA